UCGGCCCGCUCAGCAAGCCACGUCGCAGAUCGCACAGCAGAGCAGGGAAGAAGCAGCAGAUCUCUCCAGUCACAGUUGAAGAGCGAGGGAGGAGGGAAGCCAUGACGGAGCUGUUCGACACGGCCGUGACCAGCCUCCUCCACCUGCCAGAGGUGCUGGAUCGCCUCGCCGCCGCGGACGGCGACCGACGCUCGGCGGGGGACCACGGCGCGCACGGGCACGGGCACGCCCGCGUACAUGGCCAUGGAAGCGGCGGCGGUGCGACGGUGGACAUCGUGGAGACCGCCGGCGAGUACACCUUCCUGCUCGACGUCCCCGGCCUCUCCAAGUCCGACAUACAGGUGACGCUGGAGGAGGACCGGGUGCUGGUGAUGAAGGGCGGCAACGGGAAGCGGAAGCGGGAGGAGGAGGAAGGCGAGGGGUGCAGGUACAUCCGUCUGGAGCGGCGCGCGGCGCCGCGGUCUUUCGUGCGCAAGUUCCGGCUGCCGGAGGACGCGGACACGGGCAGCAUCGGGGCGCGCUGCGAGAACGGCGUGCUCACGGUCACUGUCAAGAAGCAGCCGCCGCCGGAGAAGAAGACGAAGUCCGUCCAGGUCACCAUCGCCUGAGGCUCGAGCCGUGGCCCGUGGGAGCAAUCGUUAGUUGCAGUGUGUAGUAGUAGAAGUGGGUAGCAAUGGAGUCUGAAUCUAGAACUGUACGUAGAAGGUCGCAUGAUCUGUCAAUGUAGCGAAUUUCGAGUCGUCGGUGUGCUUCUUUUGCGAAGGUAGCUGUGGAAUGGAACUAUGCAAAUGCGAAUCAGUAUAUUCUGAGAA